AUGGGCUCCGGCAACACUCCCCACAUCCUCCGCAAACUCGGACACAACGAACUCUUCUCCUCCUCCCGUCACAAUCUCGGCAUCUACCGCUGCGUCACCGUAUCAUGCCGCUACUCUCACCCUCCAUCCUCUCAGCCCGACGGCACAUCCAUCAGCCCGCACUUCUUCGCCGCUCUCGCAACCGCCAUCAAGGACCAGCCCAUGCUGCGUGUCGGCAUCACGGGGGACGACACAAACGACGCCCACUUCAUCCACAUCCCCUCCAUCGAUCUGCGCAGCCAAGUCUCCGUCAUUGUCGUGCCUUGUCAAUCCGUCCAAGAGUAUGAGGACAGAGUUGCCGAGCAUCAGGGCUGGGAACAUGACCAAAAGUUCCAGGACCUCGCCGUGCGGCCUCCCUGGAGAAUCACCAUCCUCAGGCCCAGCAGCGGCAAUCCCGAUGUCACGGAGCAGUUGAAAGGGCAGGAAGACGUCUUCUUUGCCUAUCAUCACUCCCUUAUGGACGGAACCAGCGGCCGCCGCUUUCACGAGAUGCUUCUCGCAACGCCCGCUUACCAAGGCCAACAAAUCCCGGCCGAGCCAGAGCAAAUCCUCUCCUUUCCAGAGCCGCCAUCGUCACUCCCCGAAACCCAGGAGAAAGUCGUCGACUUCACCCUCUCCAUCGGCUAUACCGUGCGCACCCUCUGGACCGCCCUCGGCCCCUCGUUCCUCCAGCCCCCCAAGCAGCCCAUCUGGAACGCCAUCCCCGUCGACCUCUCGCUGCCCUACAAGACGCGUGUCAGGCCCGUCGACAUCUCGCCCGAGGCCCUCGCAACGCUUCUCUCCGCCUGCAGAGAACACUCCGUCACCGUCACAGCUCUCCUGCACUCCCUCGUCCUCGCCUCUCUGUCAUCCCGCAUCUCCUCUCCAACCGAGGCGCCCGCCUUCGCAGCAUCUACACCCAUCAGUCUCCGGCCCUUUACUUCUCCCUCCAUGGAUCCCGCAUACGUGACAUCUCUCCGCUGCCUCGUCGCCGCCACGACACACCACUUCUCCCCAAAGGCGGUGUCCGCUCUCCGCGCCCCCAACGCCGACACCACGGCCCUAAUCUGGCAAAACGCCCGCCAAGUCAAGGACGAACUCACCGCCAAGCUCGCCUCCCUGCCCAAAGACGACAUCAUGGCCAUGUUCAAGUUCGUCGGCGACUGGUUCUCCUUCUGGCGCGGCAGGGACGGCAGGCAGCGCACCGAGUCCUGGGAGAUUAGCAACAUUGGCGUGCUCAAGAACCCAGAGGCGCAGGCGGACGUUCCCCGGGCCACGCGCAUGCUCUUUACCAACGGGGCCAUGGCUGCUGGGCCGCCGGUUGCCGUCAACGUUGCGAGCGUGGCUGGGUCCAAGUUGACCAUUGGCUUGUCGUGGCAUGAUGCCGUGCUGAAGGAAGACGUGGUGAACCAGUUGGCCGAAGAUUUGAAUGUUUGGAUUUUGACUAGAAAAGACAAGGACAAAGACAAAGACAAAGACAAAGAAAGAAAGAAGAAGAAGAAGAAGAAGAAGAAGAAGAAGAAGACGGGUAAUGUUAUUUUCAAAGAAUACACCUUACAGCUGGAUCACGCCAGACACAGACAAUAUUAA